CAAUCUGUCAGUGUCAUUUAUGGAUUGGAUUUGUUUGUGUAUUUCGAGUUGGGUCUUAAAAUUGUAUUAAAAUAAAUACCGUAUUUAUGAUAAUUACCAAAAUUUAUAGAAGUUUUGGCAGUCAAUUUGAUGUUAGUUGUGAUUUAGUGCUUGGUUUGCGUCACCACAAUGGGUGCCCUAUUUGGAAAAUCGAAGAAGCCAGUUAGCAGAGUGACUGAGCAAGAUAAGGCAGUGUUGCAGCUCAAGCAACAGAGAGAUAAGCUAAAGCAGUACCAGAAGAAAAUAGAAUUGAACCUUGAAAAAGAUAGACUAUUAGCUAAGAAACUUCUUGAAGAAGGCAAAAGAGAUAGAGCGAAACUUCUCUUACGGAAAAAGAAGUACCAAGAACAGCUGCUAUUAAAUACUGAUGCGCAGUUAGAGAAGUUGGAGCAGCUGACACACGACAUCGAGUUCGCGCAAGUAGAAAUACAGGUUCUGGAUGGCUUGAAGUCUGGAACUGCAGCCCUGAAGAAGGUCCACGAGAUCCUCAGUAUAGAUGAGAUUGAGCAGAUAAUGGAGGAGUCCAAGGAGGGCAUAGAGAAGCAGCGGGAGAUUGAUGCUGUCAUCUCCGGGGAGCUCACACAGGAAGACGAGGAUGCUGUGGAGGCAGAGCUGGAGGCCAUUCUGGAUGUGGGAGACAAGCUGCCCGAUGUGCCCGCCGAUGCACUGCCCGAGCCAGCCACCAAGGAAACUCCAGAAAAAGUUACCAGCAGUACAAAGAGAGUUGCACUUGAAGCUUGAUUCCUACUCAAUGUUAAGAUAAAUUAAUCUGUUUUUAUAUCUAUAGGUGUAUAGUUAAGUUUAUAAUCUUUAAAGCCUGAUAAUGUGUUAGGUGCUUUUAUUUUUCUAAUAUCUACCAAUUGUAAAUAAUGUAAGCACUUGAAAAUAAAAUAUUUUGCCAUA